UCACUAACUAUGAUGAGCAAUUUAUUAAACUAUUCUUGUACCCACAGAGAAAACAUUUCUACUAAUUCAGGUUGUGAUUCAGCGAACAGUUUAGCAAACAGGAUCCUGCUGAACUCUGGGGUCACAGGUUCCACUUACAAAUUAAAGCCACCAUUCGCGCAACUACAAACUAAAGUAUGACUCUAUCAUAAGCCCACAUGCAUAAGCCAGGGAAUUUCAUCCUUCGCUUGAACUUCUACUCCUCUUAUGUAAGCCUCGAACGCAAUUAUGUAAUAGCAAAAUUUUAAAUUUAAUCCGUCAUUUGUAUCGUUGAGCAAAAUAGACUAUGAGCUGUAUAUUUAAUUAGUGCAUGAUUUACCGAUUUUUACAUAGCCCUCAUGUCAAAUCGCCCCUGCCGCGUAUUGUUCAGCCAGGGCAGAUUUAGACCUGAAAUAAACCCCGCCCAUGAACACGAAUAAAUGCUAUAACUGUUGAUCAAAGACAAAACCAGAGUCAACUUUGUUGAUGUCAAGAA